CCACACGCGCAAAAAAAUGGAAGAGGUUUUGGCAUUGUUACGGCUAUUUUUAACAUUUAGAUGAUUCCCAUAGCAAAGUAGGGCGGCAGUAGAAGAAGCUUCAGUCCUGUCCUCUUGACUUGGCAGCAUUCCUGCAACAAAAAGAUCAUGAAAGAGUGCUUUGAGGAAGUAAAUCAAAAGCUAGUGAGUGAGCAAAUGGUGAUGAGCCUGCGGGUGUCGGAGCUGCAGGUGCUGCUGGGCUACGCUGGGCGGAACAAGCACGGACGCAAACACGAGCUCCUGACCAAGGCACUGCAUCUGCUGAAGGCCGGCUGCAGCCCCGCUGUGCACAUGAAGAUCAAAGAGCUCUACCGACGACGCUUUCCUGCCAAAAUGGUAUCCCACUCAGAGCUGGCACUGCCUGGACCGCACCAUCCAGCCACAGCUGGAGUCGUUGGAGGAGGGGGCGCCGCACUGCCCGCUGGCUUGACACAGCUGGCGUACGAGGGUCAUGCCGGUCACGGUGGAGCCCCAUCGCCUGCUGCCUUACUGCCCCUCUCACUGCUCGGCCCAGGGAAACAUGAGCUGACCGGGCUGGCACACCACCUGCCCACCUCAGCCACGCUGCAUCCGGUCCAUCCAGAUGUCAAGCUCCAGAGGCUCCCCUUCUACGACAUGCUGGACGAACUCAUCAAGCCCACCAGUCUAGCUUCAGACAACAGCCAGCGGUUUCAGGAGACAUGUUUCGCCUUUGCAUUAACACCACAGCAAGUCCAGCAGAUCAGCAGCUCAAUGGACAUCUCGGGGACCAAAUGUGACUUCUCAGUUCAAGUUCAGUUGCGGUUUUGCCUGUCGGAGACGAGCUGUCCUCAGGAAGACCAUUUUCCACCCAAUCUGUGUGUGAAAGUCAACGGGAAGCCAUGUAACCUGCCGGGUUAUCUUCCUCCAACCAAAAACGGUGUAGAGCCCAAGCGGCCCAGCCGGCCCAUCAAUAUUACCUCACUGGUCAGAUUGUCCACCACAGUCCCCAAUACCAUUGUGGUCUCAUGGACCGCUGAGAUUGGAAGGAGUUACUCCAUGGCAGUGUACUUGGUGAAGCAGCAGUCGUCCACAGUGUUGUUACAGAGACUACGCGCAAAAGGCAUCAGAAACCCAGACCACUCCAGGGCGCUCAUCAAAGAGAAGCUAACAGCAGACCCAGACAGUGAAAUAGCCACGACCAGCCUUCGAGUGUCGCUGCUCUGCCCGCUGGGGAAGAUGCGGCUGAUGAUCCCAUGCCGGGCACUGACAUGCUCCCACCUGCAGUGCUUUGACGCCACACUCUACAUCCAGAUGAACGAGAAGAAGCCCACCUGGGUGUGUCCUGUCUGCGACAAGAAGGCCCCCUAUGAACACCUUAUCAUCGACGGGCUUUUUGUGGAGAUCCUCAACAGCUGCAUGGACUGUGAUGAGAUUCAGUUUAAGGAGGAUGGCAGCUGGGCCCCCAUGAGGUCUAAGAAGGAAGUGCAGGAAGUCUCUGCUUCUUAUAACAACGGGCUGGAUGGUUCAUGUCGAACGUCUGCAGGCUCAGAUCAGCGGAGCUCCUCGUCGUCCAGCCAAGGCGGCGGCGGUGGCAGCAACAGCAAGAAGGUGGAAGUGAUCGACUUGACACUGGACAGCUCCUCAGACGAUGAAGGGCAGGAUUCACCACCUCCGCCCCCGCCACCUCUGCCUCCUCCAGCCAAGAGAGCAUGUCCCUCUAUGUCCCCGACCUCGCCGCCCAUCAUCAACAAAGGAGUGCUGAACCUGCACCACCAGGCCUCUCCUGUGAGCCGCACUCCCAGCAUGCCAGCGAUCGACACCAGCUACAUUCCUCCUGUCCCCCCACUCAUCCAGGACUACAGACCCUACUACCAUCCCAAUGAACUGUCAGAGUUGAACUUCUUCUCUUUUCUUCAAGGCGACAAUCAUCAGCAUUACAACAUGGUGAUGGCAGCAGCAGCCGCUGCUUCAGCCUCGGACGACCACGAGCUGCUUCUCAACCGCUUCUUGCCCUACAGCACCACCUCCUCCUCCGCCUCCCAGCUCUUCCUCGACCAGUCGGUAGCCUCGACAGCCGCUUCGCUGACCGCACCGACCAACGGGGCGAGCAGCUCGGGCAGCAGCAGCAGCCUGGUCUCGUCCAGCAGCCUCCGUGACACUCACUCCACACACUCGUCUUCACACUCGGGCUCACACUCCUCACACACACACCCUGGAGUGGUGGCCGGCCGGAGCAGCACUGAAGCUGCAGUGGCAGCUAUUUACGGCGGGAUACCUGAUGUUAUAUCGUUGGACUGACUAAAAAAGAGUCGAGACUACACUUUGGGUCCAGCUCUGAUCCAGUAGCGAACCCAGUCACAAACAGUUUGACUGCAGGGUAAAGUUUUGAUCCAGAAACUAGACUGGUCCCAAGUCAUUAAACUCAGAACGUUUGUGGGGUCGUAAUGACAAGACUGCCUCAAGAAGAGCACUAAUAUUAUGAUAGGGUAAAGGGCCAGAGAUUUCCCUUCACUAGACUGACCUGAAAACAGUACUGAGUCAUCACUUAAAGGGGUCAGCUGUGGACACUGUGUUGGUUUACUGACUUCAGACCAGAAACCUGUCCAGCUCGUGAACCCACCUUACUGCUAUCGUGGUACCAACCUGGCACAAACAGCAAAGACGCUACCUGAGCAAAAACACAAAGGAGGAUGGCUCUUUUUUACAGAAACGAAGAGUGGCACCGUGUACAGAGAACAAAAUAUAUUUUCCUCUUUUACUUUUGUAUGUUAAAUUGGGACAUUUUCAGUCUAGUGAGCUGCUUCUAUCGCUGUUUCAAAGUGGAGGGCUGAGUUUUUUGUUUUUUUUUCACAAGAGCUUAUACAUAUGCCUGAUGCCAUGUGGUUUUCUUUUACUCCUCUUUUAGCUCUAUCCUGUUUAAAUUUUCAAUUUUUAUUUCUCCAAUAUGAACUUCAAUUCUCUGUCCCUUUCUUUUUCUCUCUUGCUCGAGCUCAUUUUUAAAUUCACGGUGUAUUAUUUCUCUAUCCAAUGACAAGAACUUUUCAGACGCUGAAUUUACAGUUUAUUCAUGUACUAAUAAUUUUAUUAUGCUUUUAAGUUAUGUAUGAUAUUUAAACACAUGCAUAUAUAUAUAUGCAUUCCCUUUGACCUUCAGGUUAAUGCUGUGGGGAGUGUGUAGGUGAGAGAUUAGCCAUUUCUGGUUUUUAAUUUUCACUUCUUCACUUCCUGUUCCUUACAAAGACUCUGGCGACAUACAGCAUUUGAAAUGGAGACUUUUAGACUAUUUAUACCUGCCAGUUUAGAGUUUUGAGCUGGAAGAAUUUGUUUUUCUUUUUUUUUUUUGCACAAUGCCAAAAAAAAUGUAUGGUACCUAUGAAAAUAAUCACAAUAAUCAGAGUGCAGUUGCAUCUGUCUGUUGCCACAGUGUUUUCAGUCAAGUGUCAAGCUGGUGGGUAUUCCGACACUUUGACUGACUGUGUCCUUUUGUCUUUUGUCUUGUCAGUCUCAUCUUCUUCUUUUUUUUUUGCUUGACUGUUAAAAAGUUACGAUGGAGGUCAAACUGUUAAAGCAGUGUCCGGCCUAUUAAAGAGACAGGCGUCCGUGACAUGUGCCACAGCUCCAUUGGGGCGAGUGGCCAAGUUUCAACUAGUGCCUGUUUGUGUGCAUGCUCCACAGCGUGUUUGGGAUAGAGUUUUCAGACUCAAAAGAAUGUCUUAAGUGGUCACCCACAACCUCCGCCCCAUCUCUCUCUAAGCAGUUUGUGAAAAUUUGACCUGUGACUAAUAUCUAUAACUGUCUAGGGAGGUUUCUUUGGGAAAAGCUCUUGUGGAAAAGCGUAGAAUAGUGUAAGCAGGCUAUUUUGUGCCACAGUAGAAGCGGGUGAUCUUAGCUUGCCAACUUAGACUGGGCACAGAGCCAGCUGGUUUAAAAAUACAUGACCUGUCUGGAACUUAACAACCCUACGAGAUAGUCCGUGUACGAUGUGGAAGUGUCAAAGCCAGGUGGAGGUUUCAGAAUACCUCGAUGUUGUUGCCAUUCAGCUGAAAACGCAGGGUUUGCUCAUGAAUGUAUUGUGCAAUUUUAAGAGUGGACUCAGUUUUUGUUCUUUGCUUCCAUUACAGUUAUUAACAGAACCAAGUUGCGGAGAUCCACUGUAUUCUGGUCACAUUAGUAGUGACAUACAGUAGACCUGGCACACCUCCUAGUCCCAUCAGCCCAUCCCUGCUCCAGCCUGUGUGUCCUUGAAACUUUCCCAGAGUCCCCUCUUAUCAGUCUCUCCUCAAUCUUCCAUUUCCAGGCGUCUGAGACAGGCAGCUCACUUCAAAGCCUAAUUAUCCCCACCACAAUGAGAUAAUCACCUCUGACAGACACCCCCGUCACCUGACAUCCCCUGUCCUGUCCUUCAGCAACUCACUGAGAGACUGUAGGCAACCUAAAAUGACCCCCAACUCCCUCCCUCUUUUAACUUUAUUCCCUGCUCGUCUCAUGGGAAUCAACCCCGGCUCUCAAACUGUCUCAAUCAUUUGCCGGAACAAGUCUUGUGUAUUUCCUGUGUUGUGCAGUAUUUUAUUUAUUUUGUAUUCUUAUUUCUAUAUAUUAUAUUUUUACAAAUUGUUUGAGUUCCAUGGGUGAGAGUGUGAGUCAGCUGUUGUGAUAUGAUAUGAUUUUAUUUAAUAUGCAUUUUAUUAUUCUCUGCCGGCUGCGCAAUUUCUCAAAAAAAGGUAUCGUUUUAGUCAUGCAUCAUGUUUGGUCUUGGGAGCUGACUUGGGUAACACUUCAUAAUAAGGCCAGAAAACACAUGUUUAAUUAACACGUGCACAGCUCAUGAUGAUAUAAUGUAUGAAUUAAUUCAGGAUGCGUUAUGAAUUCCUGUUGCUCGCCAUUAAGGAAUGAUUGAGUCACUGUGAGUGAAUGUGAUUAGUUAACACCUAAUGGAUCAUCAAUUAAUGAUGAACUCACACUUACUUCAUACGUUAAUUUAAAUGCAACCAAAUGAACUCUAAUCCAGUUACUUAGUCACAAGGCUGUUCUAGUUCUUAAAGAAACAUGAGGCUGGUUUUUAUCAAACUGGUCGUCAGAUGCAAACAUGUAAUGCGUUGCUGGAGCCAAAAGUCAACACAAAUAACCUCUUGAGAAAAGUUGGGUUAUCUUAGUGUUCCCCUGUUAGCAUGGCUGUAAACCCAUAGUCUUGUUCUUUCUCACUUCACCAUGAUGAUACAUUGCAGAAAACCUAUGGAAAUGUAUCAGAAAACUUGUAUCUGAAUGGUUUUCACAAAACAGCUAUGUUAUAUUAAUUUGGAGGAAUAUGAAAUAAGUAUGAGGUAACUUUGAGUUACCAUUCAUUACAUGGUUUUCUAUUAAGUGUUAACUAAUCACAUAAAGGCAUGUGUUUGUGCCUUGAUCGUGAAGUGUUACCAUGACUAGUUAGUUUGAAUAUUAAUCACCAGUCUUUGGAUACUUGAUGAGGUGGUCACAGUUAAUGAACGCAUUUGAUAACGAUUUAAUUUAUUCAAACUUAUUCUUUCCUCACACUCGUCAUGCAGCAGAUAACAGUUACGCACAUGAAGUCAGAGAGCAGACCGUUAUGAAUGUGUUUCUGCUGAAGUGCUCUCCAUACUGGGGUCUAUAUGGGAAUACCAAAAAAAAAACAGAAAACCUGAGAUCCUCUUCCCCCUGCAACUUGUUUCAUUAAGUGUCCACAGCUCCCUCCUGUGGUUCGCAGUUGUUAUUUUAAGGGAGAAGCAGUCAUCACGGAGCUGAGUUUUCUUUCUUUCGUUUUAUAACAAAUGGGGCCUUUUUUUGUUCGAAUAUGUCAGAUUGCGUGUAAGGAUGGACAAGCACAGGGCUGUUGCCAUCUCAGUCCCUCUCCGUCUGCAGUCAUACACAGGUGUGAACAUGUGCGCAGGAUAAAUACAGCAAUUUUUGCAGCAGCUUAUGUGUUUGCUGGUUUGAACUCUGUGCGAGGACACUGGGGACAAAACCAAUGUCUGCACAGUACAAAGUGAAUGGAAUAAGGCCACAUUUAACAGUAGUUACUCUUAAUGGUUUUUUCAAGAGCUCCACAGGCAAUCUCGACAAGCAGCUCAACUCUGUGGUUGUCACCAGUUUCUCACCUUAGAUUAAAGGGAACCGUCAACAAUGUGUAUAUUAUGUCUGUAUGGAAACAUGACAACUGAAAGUUCAGAUCCAAACGUGGGUGUUUGAUGUCCGUUUGUAUGCUUUUUGUGUGUCAAUUCAGAGCGAGAGAAUAAAUUAAUUUAUAUAUUUUUUAGAAAAUGAAAGCUGUACUAUUAUUAAAAAAAAAAGGACUGUGGCCAAUAAAGAGUCUCACACAACUGAAAUAAUUUCAAAGUCAGACUCGAGUCGACAUCUGCACUCACUGCCUUAAAACAUUCACAGGUUCUGUUUCACAGCUCCAAUCCGAGAAAAAUCAUUUUAAAAAAGGCUUUUCAAGGAGGGAAAGGAGAAGACAGUGUACAGUAGACCCUUGUCAGUUUGUACAAAUAUACCAAGUGGGAAAAAAAAAUAUUUAUUACCUGCAUUGGAAGAAAUUGUUUACUUAUUGAAUGUUACCUGUUUAUGUAGAAAAGUUUAGAUGUAAUAAAAUGCAUUCUGUUA